AUUCUCUUUAAACCAGUCAGUCUUUUCUUUGCCCUCUUCUUCUUCUUUCUCAUAUGAUUCCUAAAAGACGUCAGCGCCGCCUCCUUGAGGAUUAAUCCACAACAUAAUAUUCCGAUGUGUUUGUUGGGCUUUCCUGUGCUUUACCAACAUCAUGCCAUGCUGUUGACAAACACCACAGUAGAGCCCGGCAAAUACACCGGAAUGUUUAUGUUGUGGAUUAAUCCGCGCAGAGUCGGCGUUGGCGUCUUAAGGGAUCACCUGCGGCUGAAACUGUGGUAUCCCAAUUGCUUUCGAAAAAUCCGCUCAGUUUGACGAGGCCACAGAACUGUGAAAGCUUGGCGAGGCUUGCUGUCUUGGGAUAAUGUGCGGACUCUGAAGUUGGUCAGAUUAACAGGAGUUCUUUGCUAUCGGGGAUUGGCCUAUGUGGGAACCGCUUGUUGGAUCUCGAGUCUUGGUUAUAGUUGGAAUGAGAACAAGUGCAAGGUGUGGAUUAUAGAUGGACAGUUGGAAUGUACAAAUGUGACAUUGGUUAUACUGGAC